UCGCUAGUCAAUCUAAAUAAACGGUGACAGCACUAUCGUGCAGCUGAUAGGGCAAAGGUUACGAAAAUGGCUACCCAAACAGAUUGGAUAUGUGUUCUCCUAUCUCGAGCUACGUUAUUAUUAUUUUUUGUAGAUUCGGUUUAUUCUUAUUACUGUGAUAAUGACAAGUGUACAGAGGAAGAGUACUGCUGUGGGGACAAUAUGUGCUGUCCAUCUUACAAAGUCUGGGAUCUGUGGUAUUUUUGGUGUGGUGUACUUUUCUUCAUGUUCCUUCUGUCCCUGUGUGCCUGCCUCUGGAGAAACAGAUUUUUGACAAACGGACCUGUCAUCAUAAGUAGUUACAGUUAUACUCCCUUACAGGAAGUAGACUCAAUAGGCUCACUGAGCAGAUAUCAUCCCAGUAAUCAGUUGUACACGGCACCUUUGGGAACACCUCCACCAUACAACCAAAUAUCUGCUGGCAAUGUCAAGAACUGUAGUCCUCUACCCACGUAUGCACAAGUAGUAGGAGUCAGCCACUGAUACCAAUUGUUGCCCAUGUUUAGUAGUUUUCUCUUCUGUUUCUCAUAUGAUAGAUAAAUAAAGUGCUUGUAAACAGUCUAUAUUUGUAGCAUUAUUAUAUUUGUAAACUUUUAAAUGACAACAAAGAUAGUUAACUCUGGUCACAAAACAUUGAUACUAAAAUUUCAACCUUUUUGUUGAAACAAAAAAUGUUGAUUGUCUAAUUUUAAUUUGGACGUUAUAUAAAUUGUUAUUUUUUCUUCCUUUUAUGUUUGAAAUUAAUUUUUUUUCUUGAAAGAGAAAAAAGCAUCUAAAGUAUAUAAUAUUAUUGCUUAAAAUCUAAACAGUUUAUUGAUUAACUUUUUUAUAAAUAUUUUCAGCUUUUAGGAAAUUUUGAUUUUUUUUUUUGUUUUUUGUCAUUUUCUGGUGGCUUUAAAGAUUUAUUUUGCUGAGACCAUCACAUCUAAAGUUAAAUAAUGGCUUUGACAAAUUUAUGUUUGCAUAAAUAUGCCUACAAAUUAUUUUCAAAUCCUGGCCACUUAUUUUCUAUUAGUAAAAGCUCCAUAACAGUGAGUUUACAAAUUGGCCUGAUUGCAUUUCUCAUGUUAGUUUUAUUAUUAUUGAUAGGCUGCUAAACGGGCUUUAACAUUCAUUUAUAGCCAUGGUUUGAACUUGAGUUUAUUGUCAGUAAACUAGUCACAGAGUACUCUCAAAGCCUUAUAAUUAUAUUUUCCCUGCCCUAUAAAACUGUUUGCCUUCAUAGGCAAUUGUAGAAUUUGAGAAAUUAUUCAUAUUUCAGCACCUUAUACAAAAAUAUCAUCUGAAUGAGAAAUUGUUUUAUAAUAUAUAAGAACUUGAGAAAUAAUCCAUGUUUCAGUAUCUUAUACAAAGAUGUUUGCAAAAGAGCUUCCAGCUCAGCAGCAAAAAAUCUGGCUAGAUGAAGAAGAAAAUACAGGGAUGUCAUUUGGAGAGAAAAAAAAAAGAUUUAAUAAUAUGCUAAACAGCUUGUUUAUGCCUCACCCUUUUCUCCAUCAAAAACUGCAAUGACGUCCUUGUUCUUCUUGGCUAUUAAUUUCAAUAGCUAUUACUUACAAAUGUAUCAUUUUUCUAUCAAAAUUAAUUACAUUUUAAAAUGUAUACCAUGAUGCUUGCUGUUUGUCCUUGUGAAAUUCAUUUCGAAGCUUGUUUAUUGUUAUAGAAGCACAUAUCGAUAUUUGUUGUUAUUUACAUAGCCCAAUAUUACUAGUAACUAUUAUUUCUAUUCAAGUAAUCCUAGAUGGUAAUCAUUAGAUGUACUACUGUAUUGCUGGAAUAAUUUCUUCUAUUUCAGAAUGUUUAAUUGCUUGUUAUCUAUUGUUGAUUCAUUUCACCAAAUUAAUAUAGUUAAUGUUAUAAUUAUAAAGCAUUUAAGUUUUUUUUCUUUUGUUUUUCAACCAGACUUUUUACAUUUUAUUUCUAUUGCUAUAUUAAUGUUUUAUUUUUGGAUAUUUGUUUUUAUGUUCAUAUUUCUGAAAUAUCAAAAUUAUAAUCAUUUUAAAAGUUUUUUUGUUUUUUUUUUAAUUAAAAAAUUUAUACUUUUGAAAAUUAAGAUUUUAGACCAUUGAUACAACUGAUAAUGUGAAUAAGCUAAUUUUUAAAAAAAAGGGAAUUGUAUGUCAAUCGUUUACUCUGGUUGGUGAAAAAAAUUACCUUCAUAUUAUUAAAAAUGUAUCAAUCAUGUAUAAUUUGCAUAGAUUUUAAUGAGAAUAAAUGAUAAAUUUUACAUAUCGUUAAUUAGUAACUCCUGCAUGAAUAAUAAAGAAAUACUGUAGCAUGUUUGAAUCAUAUUAAUAUACAUAUAUAUAGAUAGUGAGCAUUGAAUGGCAUUUGUUGUUUGUUUAAAAAGUUGUUUUUUUUUAAUUAUAUGUUGAAUAAUCUUAACUGUAUUCUCAUUAAAUUUUUGAAAAUCUUCUAAAUAGCCUCACUUUACUCCAUUUGCAUCUUACAACUUAUUUCUUGUUUUGUUUGAAUUACUAAUGCUAAUUGUUAUAGAAAUUGAAUUAUGCUACGACUACUUUUUCCAUGACAAAUUUUAAAAAAUUGUGCUUUUUACUUCUUACUCUGUCAAAUCUCUAUCAUUCCAAAUAACAGUGAUACUUACAAUUAUAUUGUUAAAUUUGUGUACAUCAGAAUUGUUUCUUUUCUUUUAUAUAGAUUGUUAGUUUUAGGGUAAUCUGGAUACAACAUGGCAGUUGUUCUCUGAUGCUUUUUUUUUAAAAAUAUUUUUAUUGAUGUGACAUGAAAUAGAUGUAGUGCAGAUAUGUGUAAAACCAACUCUGAAUCUUUAAAAAAGUUGGGCAGACUGUGAGCUUAAAAUUGUUCAAAGAUAAUCUGGUGGCUUACUUUGCUUUUUGAUGUUUUACAUGUUUCGGAUGUUCCUUCGUAGUUGAAGAUAAUUUACUUCCUAGUCCGAACCUCUCGCAGAUGACGGGGGAUGACAGCUGGCAGGGCAAGAACCCAGGACCAUCCGAACAACAGUCCAGCGUGAAUAUCGCACGACCAGGCAGUAGUUUUAUAAUUUAAAAUAUUUUUCUUGUGCAGAUGCUUAAAUCUAAAUUGUUUCUUAAAAUGUAAUGUUAGAGAGAAAAAAAAAAAGGAAACUGUAAAAUGCUUUUUUUUUUUGCUAAUGUCAAUGUGAUGAUCAAAACCUGCAAUAGCCUCUCUAAAUUGCACUGCACAAACGUUGACUUGCUACAUGUGUUCACAAUGUUGUGACUAACUUCAUGAUCACAUUACUAUAUUUGAAUACAUGCUUUCUUUUUGAAAUGCAAGAUUUUAUACAGCAUUUAUAGAGUAAUUUAAUAUUAGCACCAGAACAGCAUUUGAGCUCAUUUUUUUUUUACUUUUCUUAACUAUAUCUAAUUAAAGUUUUUUAGUUUUAGCUUAUGAAUUCUUGGUUUAUGAAAAUAAGGACUUAAAUGGUUUAGUGUUACACAAUUUCAAUAAAUUUCAAGAGUGUACGCUGUUACGUAAUAUUAAGCAAAGCUAAUAGAAAUAUUUUCUCAUUCAAAUGGUUUUGACUAUGCUUUUUUAUGUCAGGACUCAAUCACAUUGAAAAAUAUUUUGUUACUAUUGUAAAUAAUUUGAUAUAACUUUGAAUGUAUGUAUACAUUUAAUGCAUUUUGUUACCCCACUCCGUCCUUAAAAA